CACGUAGGACCCUAACAUAGUAAUGACCCCCUCCACUUUUCUUUGGCCUACAAAACCACCGUGCAAGUGAGCAAAUAUUCAGCAAAUCAAACACAUAUUUUUGUGACCUUCAAAUUAACCUUAACAAAAUUCUCUUCUAUUCAACAUUCACUACAACACAUACACAUUUUUGAUAAACUUCAAAAGGCCAAGUAUAUAAACAUGAAAAUGGCAGUUAAAUCAGUAGUACAAUCCCAUGCAGGAUCAGCAAUAUGGAGAGAGAGACUCGGAUCCGCGUUCAGAACAGCUAUAGCAUGCACCAUAAUUGGUUGCACUGCUCUCUACGGACCAGACCAAGUCCGUAACCAAAUUCAAUACCCUUCCGUGGCUUAUGUGACCGCUAUCUUAAUAGUAUCCGAUGCAACUCUUGGCACUACGUUAAGAGGGUCAUGGCAAGCAUUUUGUGCCACCGUGUUGGUUGUCCCUUCAACUAUCUUAUGUCUUUGGAUGGUUGGCCCGGAUAGGUUCACCGAGGUUGGUGCUGCUAUCGCGGUCACUAUAAGUGCUUUUCUUGUAGCUGUGCCAGAGUACCUUCCGAUACUCACAAAGCGCAUUGGGUUUGCACAACUAGUUAUUAUAUAUGUGGGUGCAGUUGUUCGUGGCCCUGAUGCAGGGCCAGUAACGCACCCGGUUCAUAUAGCUGCAUGCACCGCCCUUGGGGCGUCGGCUUCAGUCCUAGCUUUGAUACUACCGUAUCCUAGGCUGGCUGUAACAGAGGUGAAAAAACAAUUCCAGUUAUAUACAGAAAAUGCAUCAGAAAGAAGCAAUCUAUAUAUGAAAGCCUUCUUGUGUGAAAACAAAUCAACUGCAAGUGAUCUCAUUUCUCAAGCAGAACCCAUUGCUGAAUCAGGAACCAAACUGCUUAACCACAUCAACCGCAUCCAGGAAGGAGUAAAAUGGGAAAGACAUCGAAUUGGAGACUUCAAAAACAGAUUCGUGAAGAUGGGAGAUAGAUUAAACGACAUAGAAACUCCUAUUAAAGGAAUGAAAAUGGCGUUAUCUGCCCUCUCUACUUUUCCUGUUGAUAUCAUCAAUGAAGAGUUAAAAACCGUCUUGCAAAGUGCACGAGUGCAACAAACUUUAAAACUCGAGGACGCUAAGUGUUUUGUACCGUUUGAUGAUGCCAUGACCGUGCCUGAAAGAAAAGAUGAACUAUUCGACAAGUCCCUACACAAUCUCACAAACAUUUCACCAACCCACAAAAACCAACCUGCCUUUUUCUUCUUAUCGUGUUUAGAACUGCUUGUAAACAACACGAACAUGAACCCUAAACCCGAAUCACUCGAUGGUCAAAAGGAUAAUAUAGCCGAAGAAGAAAAAACUACCACAAAAGUGACUCAAUCAGGUACAGAACGAGUUGUGUUUGCUCUAAAGUGCUCGAUAUCAUUAGGUCUAGCCGUGCUUCUCGGCAUGCUCUUUGACCAAAAGAACGGGUAUUGGUCUGGGCUCACCAUUGCCAUCAGUUUUGUAGAAGGAAGACAGCCAAUUUUUACAGUUGCAAAUGCUCGUGUACAAGGUACUGCAAUUGGAACGGUUUAUGGGGUGCUGGGUAGUUGUCUAUUAAACCAAUUUGCUGAAAUAAGAUUCAUUAUUCUUCUACCAUGGAUUGUUUUCACAAGUAUGUUACAACAUAGUCAGAUGUUUGGCGAAAGUGGUGGCAUAUCUGCGGUGAUUGGAGCCCUUUUGAUACUUGGUCGAAAAAACUAUGGACCACCAAAGGUGUUCGCCAUUGCUAGAUUAACAGAGGUUUCCAUUGGGCUUUUCUGUAUGGUCAUGGUGGAAAUCAUCCUUGAGCCUGUUAGAGCGCGAACUCUAGUAAAACGCCAAUUGUCCCGUUGCUUGGUAACCUUAGAAGAUUGCUUUUAUCGAAUAGCAAGUAAUAAGGAAAACAUAGCAUCAAAUUUUCUUACAAUGAAAGAAAACAUCAAAAGAUUAAGAUCCGACAUAGAUGCUUUCAAGACCUUGAUCAAAGAUGCGAAGUCUGAACCUAGUUUCUGGUUUCUACCUUUUGCGGCUUCUUGUUAUGACCAUGUGCAAGAAAGGUUGUCAAAAAUGACUGAUUUGAUGCAAAUCAUGAUCUAUAACAGAGAGUUUAUAGCAAGUUUAUCACAAAGUUCUGAUGGGAUCUUGAAAGAGCUUCAAGAACACAUCAACAGAAACUUGCAAAUGUUGAAGGAAAACGCAAGCCCAUGUGUCGAGCGCCUACAAACCAUUGUUCUAAUGGGAGAUGAAGUUGGAUACCAGUUGCAAGAAACAGAAACAUUCUUGGACUUGGAAUCAGGAAACCAAGAAACUUUGAGCACGUCGUGUGUGUCAAAGGAAGUCACAGAAAAGAUUCAGGGAGAUGAAGAGUGUAAAGGGAAAUCAAUUAUUCAUUUGAGUUCUUUAGGGUUUUGCAUCGGAAGUCUAUUAGGGGAAACAAUGGAGGUAGAACGAGCCAUUAAAGAGAUCAUUAGAUGUGAAAAUCCUUCAAGAAAAGUAGAUUUUGGCAAAUUCUGCAGCAAGACUGAUGCAGGGAAUGCACAGUGAAGCUAACAGCAUGCAUCUUUCCAUUAUAGAAAAAGGCAAGGGUAUUGAAGUCAAGCAAAUAUUCUCAAAGCACUGUUCUGAUGCCAAUGCUCAUUCAUUCUACAGAGUACAGAUAAUGAAAUACUCUUGCGAGCAUUAUGAUUGAACACGAUACUUAGCAAGAUAGAGUCAUAUGUAAAUAUGUAUGCGUGCUUAUGUAAUCUUCAAUAAAACCAUUUCAUAGGCAACAAAA